UUUUAUCGGCGGGUGUAAACGAGUGCGGUUUUCUAAAAUGGUUCAAGUAGAGGUUACCGAGGGAAUCUUAGAAGGUGAAACAAUAAAUAAUCCAUUUGGUGGAACUUAUCAUAGUUUCAAAGGAAUUCCUUUCGCUGAACCGCCGGUUGGAGACUUACGAUUUAAGGCUCCGCAACCUUUGAAACCAUGGUCUGGGGUACGCAGUGCCAAGGAACACGGGCCAAUCUGUUACCAAAAACAUAUGAUAAUACGUGACUCAAAGCCAGAAGGUAGCGAAGACUGUCUGUACCUUAAUGUAUACACUCCAGACAUAGAACCAUUGCCGUUACUUCCAGUAAUGUUCUAUAUACAUGGAGGAGGAUUUUCUUGCGGCAGUGGUAAUGAUGACAGAUAUGGCCCUGAGUUACUUGUCAAAGAAAAUGUCAUCCUUGUUACUUUCAAUUAUAGAGUCGACAUUCUAGGUUUCCUUUGCCUUGAUACUGAGGAAAUCCCCGGUAACGCGGGCAUGAAAGAUCAAGUUGCUGCACUGAGAUGGGUUAAAAAAAACAUUAGCAAUUUUGGAGGAGAUCCUGACAACAUCACUAUUUUUGGAGAGAGCGCUGGCGCAGGCAGCGUUGCGUACCAUUUGAUAUCACCAAUGAGUAAAGGAUUAUUUAAAAGAGCUAUAGCACAAAGUGGCUCUGCCACUUGUUAUUGGGCGAAAAGUUUUGAACCUCGUGAAAGAGCUAUCGCUUUAGCUCGAAAAUUAGGAUUCGAAUCCCAGGACAUCGACGCAAUUGCAUUUUUUUUCAAAUCAGCACCUAAAGAGAAUCUAGUCCAACUCAGAGUGCCCAUAACGAUGUCUGAAAAAGAAAAAGAAAUAAGUGACGUGCAGUUAACUAUUGUUGAUGAAAAGGCAUUCGGUGACAACGAAAGAUUUUUUUACGGAGACGUCAAUGACGCUCUUCGAAAAGGUAUUCAUGAGGGAGUAGAAGUUAUAACGGGCUACUGUGAACACGAAGGACUCAUGGGAUUGUGUGGUGUUGAUAUGAAAAAAUUGUUUGAACAUGCAAAUUGUUAUAACGAAUUUUUUGCCCCUAAAGACAUUGUUAUAAAUUGCCCUAUACGUGAAGUUCUAGACGCAGGAAGGAAGAUGAAAAAGUUUUACUUUGGCAAAAAUAAAGUUUCUAUGGAAAAUUUGGAACAGUUAGUGAAGUUCAUCGGAAUGAAUAUGUUUAACUAUCAGAUAGUACAAUUUGCGAAAAUGAUAUGUAACAAGAACAAAACGUACUUUUAUAAAUUUACAUGCACUUCUGAGUUGAAUUUAAUGUCGCAUGUUUUUGGAGUAGGAAACAUCUUAGGCAAAAAACCUGUAGUGUGCCACGCAGAUGAUUUACCCUAUAUAUUCAACAUGAAAAUAUUGCCAAUAAAAGUUGACCAGAAUUCAGAAACUUACAAAUUAAUUAACAAUGUCGUGAAACUUUGGACCAAUUUUGCCAAAUUCGGAAAUCCAACGCCAGAUGAUUCUCUAGGAGUGCACUGGUCACCCUAUAGUACAUCAGAAGAACAAUAUCUGGACAUUGGUAACGAGUUGAUAUUUAGUUCAUCUCCGGACGAAGAGCAGGUGGAAUUUUGGCAAAUGCUGUUUAAAGAAUAUUGUCCGCAUUACUUUUUUUAUAAGUGAAGUUAUGUUUCCACAGGAAUGCCGAUAAACCAAUUUAAUGACAUCACUGAUAUAAAUAAUAUGAAUACAAUGUAAUUAAUAAUGAAUAAUGAUAGUGUAAAAUGAACAUUUAGUUUUAGUUUUAGUUUGUUGAGUUUUGUAUUAGAUUUUUUGUUUAAAAUAUUUUGUGAUAAUGCGAAUGAUUAUGUACCAUGACGUUGGUGAAAGGGUGUCAGUUGUCACCGCUGCGCCAUGGUGAUAUAAGGUAGAAAUAAUUGUGUCGUUGGUUGGUAGAUGACCGGUUAUUAUUUUGGUUAAGAAACUUAUAUAUACUUAUUUGGUACAUGCGUCUUUAUGCUGAUUUAUAGUGUACGGUCAUUGACUUACAAUUAUAUGUACAGUCAUUACUUUUGCUUGGACUAAGACGUACCUGAAUGCCGGAAGAGGGCUUGACAUUCUAGCACGUUUGGUGGCUGCUACAAUUAUAACGUACUGGACUCUACCAGGGUUAAUGCUUAGGUAUUUAAUUUUUUUAAAUGUACACCAUAUCUACCACAUUGCGAUUGGAAUAUUCAUCACGGUCCACUUCACCCACCGCUGGGUAUAGGCCUCUCAUAGUUUGUGCCAUCCACCACGAUCCUGUGCUAGUCUCACCCAUCUACUGCUCGCAACUUUGACAAUGUCGUCCACCCAUCUCGCUACAGGUCGUCUCACGUUCCUAUAUCCAUUUCUUGGACACCAUUCAGUUAUCGCCUUACUCCACCUGAGUUCACCACGUCUCGCAACAUAUCCUGCCCAUCUCCAUUUUGAAUUAGUUAUCCGAUCUCCUAUGUUCUGGACCGUAGUUCGUUCUAAUUAUACGCGAUCUAUAAGUUUGAUUGAUUUAUUUUGAUUAAUUUGAGCAAUAAAUAAAAAAUGAAUAAUCUCAGUACAGGGUAAACUAAACCGUUAAAAAAAAC